UUUAUGUCGAAGGCUCGAAGCAAUCUCCUCCCGGCUCGUGAACUCUCCGAGGGUUCUCGCAUCAAAUUUGUUGCCAAUCAAUCGAUAGGAAGGUCUCGGGAGCGAAUUAGAUGGGUUUGAAGGUGGUCUUGUCCUGAUGUCAUUGUUCUGGAUCGUCUUUAGUCAGCUUGCUGAGAUUGAAGCCAUGGCUUUGUCAAAGAAAGUUAUUACAAAGGAAGAGUGGGAGAAAAAGUUGAAUGAUGUGAAGAUUAGGAAAGAAGAUAUGAAUAAACUGGUGAUGAACUUUCUUGUUACUGAGGGUUAUGUUGAUGCUGCUGAAAAAUUCAGAAUGGAAUCUGGAACUGAACCAGACAUAGAUCUUGCUACAAUAACAGAUCGAAUGGCUGUUAAGAAGGCAGUUCAAUGUGGGAAUGUUGAGGAUGCAAUUGAAAAGGUUAAUGAUUUGAAUCCCGAGAUACUGGAUACAAAUCCCCAACUAUUUUUCCAUCUCCAGCAGCAAAGGUUGAUAGAAUUGAUUAGGAACGGAAAAGUAGAAGAGGCUCUGGAAUUUGCUCAGGAGGAACUUGCACCUAGAGGAGAAGAAAAUCAAAGUUUUCUUGAAGAGUUGGAGAAGACUGUAGCACUGCUGGCUUUUGAAGAUGCCUCCAGCUGUCCUGUUGGAGAGCUUCUGGACAUAUCACAGCGCCUGAAGACUGCAAGUGAGGUGAAUGCAGCCAUUCUUAUGAGCCAAAGUCAUGAAAAAGCUAAGUUGUGCAUGGUGAAUUGGACCACAGAUCCAAAGCUUCCAAGUUUGUUAAAGAUGCUGAUAUGGGCCCAGAACCAACUUGAUGAGAAAGCUGCUUACCCUCGUAUAAACGAUCUAUCGACUGCUAAGCUUGAAGAUCCUCCUGUUUAAAAGGUGUGAAAGCUGUUUGUUUCGUUUGCUCAUCUCGUUGCUGAUUGAGUUAAAUAGGCCAGAGGGGGCGGUCAUGCUACCUUAUUUCAACUUUACGUAAUCUAGGUAGUUGGUAGGUAGUUGUCCGGAAUGUCCUGUUAAAAUUUGGGUUGUGUCAACGGGAAACUUUCUCGUUGUUCAGUUACUGCAAGCUGUUGUACAGAUGGUUGUCUAUGCGUUAUUACGUUUUCAAUUCAAUGGCUAGAUUCUUAGCAUUUUAUGUUGAAGAAAUGGGUAUUUGCUCAGUGUGAUUUUAUUCUGCCCCAUCUAGUAUCUCAGUGGAAGGAGGCUGAAAAUGAUGGGUUUCAGCUUAGGCAUUUGUCCUGGUGAUUGUCGAACGGUUGAGAUUUAGCAUCACCCAAUUUAGCCUACCAGGUUAGCUAUACUAUACUAUUAAUUCAACAAACAUGUAUAUGUGCAUUGCUUUGAAUCAUGGAAAUAAUACAUGUGCUAAAUUUUGAA